GCCUAUCGAGGUGGCCGCGUGCUAUUCAAAAAUGUCCGUGUUUCAAAUUUGAAUUAUUUUUUGUCAAUCGCCAUAUUGUUUUUGUAAAUAUUUAAUUAUCAUAAGGCCAACGCGAUUAAUCUGUGACGAUUACAUAAACAAAAAAGCAGUGCGAAGAAAUAAAUUGUUGAAUAAUAAUAUUAUAAGUUGGCAUAAUUGAACGGCCGUUGCCUGAUUUGUGAAAUUAAAAAGUGCGCGUAAAGCUAUGAUUGUGUUAAAAAUAGACACAGUUUUGUGAUUUGCCAGGUUUUUUAACAAUGCAACGUCGUCAGUGAAAUUUAUUUAUAGAAAAAUGUGUACGUGAAGUGAGUUUAUUGUGUUUUAAAAUAAUUGGAUUUCCUAAUAAUGGAGAAACCCUCAUAUAAGCUUGUGGGGGCUCCUUGUGGCCACCAUGGCCAGUACACCUUCUACAAGGCAAUCCGACUCACUGGAACCCUCGACAAGAUCGUGGCUAUUGGAGACUUCUUCUUCGUCAGGGUGUGGCAGGAUUCCGAGCUGGUUUCCAUUGGUGAACUUACCCUGCUAUGGACGGACAGGGUCUCGGAUCAGACCCUGGUGUCUUUACGGCUGUACUUCCUCCCGGAGAACACUCCUGACGGCCGAGGUCAUCACGGAGAGGAUGAAGUACUGGCCAUCAACGAUAAGGUGGUGUUGCGAGCUGAAGACCUUCUGUCCUGGGUGUGCACGGGGACUGGUUGGCGGUGGGGGCUCAAGGCAGUAUGGAGGGGGGCAUGUGCGCCCCCCUCGGAACCCUGCCAUACCUCGCCGCUGCACCACACGAAGUUAGACUUCAGCGAUGUCGAUCGGGAGAAAGGAGCUAUAUCCAUGGACGCGGAAGCCCCAGGGGUUGUGGUGUUUUCGUACCCCAGAUACUGUCGGUACCGGGCGUUGGUUGCGCGUCUUGAAGGCAUCCAGGCGGACUGGCUGAGAGACUCCCUGGUCGCCGCUCUGGGGGGAUAUGCAGCCCCCACUAUGAAUACCAGGAUAUUGUAUUGUAAGGAUACAUUUGAAUACCCGGAGCUAGAAGGGCACGAGUUUGUGUGUAACCACCUGGCGCCGAAGCUAAAGGGACGACCGCGCGGCCGUCGGAGGACGAGAGCGAGGUCACGUGACCGUGACGUGGAUGCAGAUCGUGACUCGCGCUCGAGUGACAGCGAUGUCACGCUGCCACCCGAACCUAGGACGCCUAAGCGAAUUACACUUCGGAAUGGCAAUCAGAAAAGCGACGAAGAAGACGCACAAAGGACAGAAGAUGAAAGCGAAAGGAGGAAAGAAGAGAGCGUACGAGAAGAAACUAAAACUGAAGAGAGUGGACGCGAAGAGAGUCGCAAAGAGGAGAAGAAGAAAGAAGAGAGCGGAAAUGAAGAGGUUAGAAAAGUAGAGAGCAGGAAACAAGAGAGCAGAAAGGAAGGGAACAGAAGAGAGAUUAGUUCCGAAGAUGAGGCUUUCCUGCAGAAGUUGAGGGAGUUUUAUAAUGAGGCUGAUAUGAAGAUUUCACAUACGAAAAAUAUUUCCCUUCGAGAGCUAUACAACCGUGUGAAGCUAUCUGGAGGAUACGAGGCAACAUGCCGGGCACGCCUAUGGAAGUCCCUAUACGGAGACAAAGCGUCCAGGGCUAACAGACUGUACGAACGAUACUUACUGCCGUACGAAAACCACGAAAGGAUCCAGCCGAAGAACGGCUUGGAGAAAUCCGUGGUUCUGACACCUAGGGCGUCACCUAAUUCGUCACCUAAACCAACUAGCGAAGAAAAUGUGAUACUAGACAACGAGACAGGGGAGCUAAUAAAGGAUGAAAUUAAUAUAAUUUCCAAACCAGCUGAGGAAUUAAACAGGGAAUUCUUGGAGUCACUCCCGAAGGAAGAGAAAGUAAAGAUAACCGUGAAGCCGGUCGAGAUGCUGAUAGAAGAAACUGCUAAACCAAAAGAGAUGGAAUUCAAGAACGAUAUGUGCUUGAACGAUCUGCCGCAGAAGUUGCAAUUAGGUAAUGCAGACACGACAAUCCUAAAGGAGUUGUCGGAUGCUCAAAGCUCAGGAGCGGCGGGGAUUACUUUCGCAGCGGCGGGGGCCACCAAUGCGCUCUCGUGUCUGUCAACACUGGGUGACAAGUACGCAGUCAACGGCCAUUCCCACGUCAACCCUACUGAACAGAAGGCUCGGCCGGUAGGAAGGAGUUCCCUGCGCGCUGUUCGAGUGAAGCCAACACGGCCACAACAAAAAACGCAUACCUCACCAACAUCGAUGAUACGAACGGACUCUACGUCUAGUUCACCACAACCGGCAACGCCCAUCACUAACUUCGGCAUUCAUCACCCGAAACCACCGAACACACAAAGCGAUGAUGAGAUUGUAGAGAUCCCAUAUAAACCAAAAACGCCAGAGAUAAUCGACCUAGAUGAAUACCCGGAAAGUCCACAAGGAGUCAAAAAGAAAAAGUUGGAAGUCCUAAAAGAACGGGGUCUAGAAGUGACGGCCGUUCCUCCAACCCCUCUCUGGCCCCACCCAUCUUCGAUUCCCGUCCAAAUAACCCCUAUAACGCCUCUCAUUAAUCCCAGCCCUAUUAUCCUUAACCCUGCUAUUCAGCAUCAGCUACUGAGUCAGGCACAACUAUUUCAAAUGUACAACAUUGUUCCACCAAAUUACGCAAAUGGCAUCCAACCACCCAAAGUAAUACAAUCGACUAGCGCUUACGGAACUUCUGGGCCAGAGAAAACUGUGUAUGGUAACCCCAAAGAUCCAUUUAUGCCUCCACCACAUAUGCUGCAAGGAACCCCAAUUAAACCCCAACGGAGUAUACCAGCCACACCUGUAACACCGCAAGAUAUAUUAGACCUAACCUGCAAAUCUCUUACCCCACCAUUACAGAAACCGUCGGUGGAAAUAGUACGGGUACCAUCAGAUUCGCCGUCAAAAACACCCCAAAAUUUAUCCAAAAAUUAUACAUUACUAGAUGGUAAAGCAAUGGUCGGAUCUAAUUUAGAAAUAACACUAGUCAAUCCCAAAACUCCGACGCCUCCAAAACGACCUCCGCAAAAACGAUCUUCAAACGGUAAAUUUAUUUCAACGAAAACUCCAACGCCACCUAAAGAUUACAAACCCUACCCGCCCCCAUCGCCUUCGGGGAUAAAGAAGCCUCAACUAAAUGUACCUAAUUACCAAAUUAGAGAUGAUAUAUCCCCAACCAGCUCUACAGGAUCAAAAGACUCUUCAAGCACAGGUCAAAGUAACCUAUUAAACGCAUUCAAAGGGCAAAAUUUGACACAAAUGAUGGAUAUGCAAAAGAAUGUUCCAAUGUCCCCAUUCAUGGAUCCCAUGUACAUGAAUGCGUUUUAUAGCAGCUUGGGGCAAAUGGAUCAGAGGCAACUUGCUAUGUACAGAGACUUGAUGGCAAAUCAAUUUAGGGGUUAUUCGGGGUUAUUAAAUAUAGGCACGCCGACAACGAAAAAUUAGCUUAAGUGAAAUUGCGUUAUGGAUGUAUUUAGUUAAAUAAAUAUUUGCGUUAUUUUCCUUUGAAUUAUAAUGUUAUUAUUUAAUAAUCACGUUACGUCAUCAAAAAAUGAACCAAUAUUAGUAAUUUGAUGGCGCUAUUUUCAUAUAAAAGAUAGGUUUUGUUUGUUUUCGUUUCACGAGAGAUUGUGCAGCAGCUGUUCGUAACGCAAACAAUUGUGAUAUAAUGUGUUCCGAUCUCUAUUCCAUGCUAAGGAUGGCCGGCAGUAUUUGCUGUUUUAGCCGCACUGCCGAGACGUUCGCUACAGACUGGACUACCUUUACCCACAGAUUUUUUAUAGACAGAUUUACCCCAAAUACCCGAUACUUAAAUUUUAAAAUUAAAAGUAUAUAUUUACUGUCUUACAUUUUAUAGAUAGUUUUAUCCCAAUUUAGGUGGAUUCGGUACCUAUAUACAUAAGAAAUUGUAAUAAAUAUAUAUUUUAAUUUUCACUAAUUACGAUUUAAGCAUGUUCAUGUUUACAGAAUAUAACCCAACUAAAAGACCCUCUUGCCCCAACUUUUAUAAAAAAAUCUAAAUUUCGGACAUAUAUUUGACCCAUUUAAUCUAAUCUAUUUCCAGAGGCAAUAUAUUACUUUGUCGCUUGUUUAUAUUAUUCGGACCAAUUUUUUUAUUACAAUAAAUAAUUCAAAUUCCCAUUCUGUAGCGAAUCUUAUCUAGUAUUCCAUUUUGUAUAUAAGGUGUAUGUUUUUACUACCGAUUAAAAAUUAUUAGAAUAUUUUUAUUUUGUUUCACGAAGCCCGCUUAGGACUAAUUCCAAUUAAACUUAAAUGACAGCUUUCUCAUCAGCAACUAAUUUAUCUGUCACCAAGCUUGCACACUGAGGGAACAUAAUCUAAAUAAGAAAAUAGAAUGUAAAUCAGAUUUAUUUAAAUAAGAAAAAAUAUAUAGAUGUGAGUAAAAUGGCAAUGAAGAAUAUUACCAAUUUUGAUUUUUAGCUUACAGUAUGAUUUAUAAAAAGUAAAUUCGUAAAAAUUAUAUGGGUGUUAUGCUUCGCUUACCAUCUCUGUGAAGUUAGUACACUGCACUUAAUGCGGAAUAUCUUAUCUUCAAAACUACUCUCAUUAUUUUAUUGAAAUAAAAACUACAGUUAUUACUGUACUAUAUACUAUAAGUUUCAGAGAUUUGACACGUUGUUGAUAUUGUCCAUUUUGGCAGUACCACUUGUUCGCCUUUUUGUAUAUUUUAUCGGAACUUUGGAAGCAAUUUCGUAUAUUCGUGUUACACGCCCGAUAUUAUCGUACUGAGCCCGUCAACUUGAGUUGUAGCAUAGAAUAAUGCUGCACUACUGUGUUGCGGCAGAAAUAGUUCUAUUCCUACUUUAAUUGCAGGCGCGAUGUUUAAAGUUUUGUCGGAAUUGGUUCAGCGGUUUUGCGUUUAUUUUCGUUUUGUUUCAAAGAAUUGUUAUAUUUUUCACUAUUCGGUAGGAUUAGCUGAAUUAUUAUUUAUAAGUUAGUUUAAGUAGGAUAUGUUUUUUAAUUCGCAAUUGUAUAUAACUGACUGCGGUUGGAACCAUUCAUGUAAGAUUGCUGUACAAAAUUAAAGUUAUUAAAAAUU